UUUUUCCUGUUUGUGGUUCCUCCAAUCACUUCUCUCCAAAUUCUCUCGCGGUCCUUGUUCAAAAGACAGAGGCGACCGCUGGACUGAGUUUCUGUAACAACGGCAAAGCUGUAAUAAUCUGCAAAAGAGACAAACGAGUCAUAUAGACGGUAUUGGUUUUAAUUUCUACAAUGGCAGAAGGAGGAGAUGUUGAAUGGGAGCUCAGCAAAGAAAACAUCCAGCCACUGAGGCGGGGCAGAGCCAUAUCAGCCUUAAAUCAGGCGCUCAGUCAACAACAGGAUGGACUCAGCUCUACCAUCAACCAGCAGAGGCAGGCCUUUGAGUCUGAACUGCGAAUGUAUGACGGAGAUGAUCCACUUGAUGUUUGGGACCGGUAUGUCAAGUGGACAGAGCAAACCUUCCCUCAGGGAGGAAAGGAGAGCAACCUCGCAACAAUAUUGGAGCGAGCCGUGACCAGAUUCACAGAAGAAAAUAGAUAUUUUGACAACCCUCGCUAUGUUGAACUCUGGAUCAAAUUUGCAGAGAACUGUACGGAACCCUUGGACAUUUACAGGUACAUCCAAGCACAGGGAAUAGGAGUGAAACAGGCAUCCUUCUACAUCGCUUGGUCUGAAGAAUAUGAGAAUCAGGGCAACUGUCGCAAAGCAGACCAGGUCUACCAAGAAGGAUUCAAGAUGGGUGCAGAGCCACAUGAUAAACUCCAGCAGUUUCACAAGGCUUUGCAGGCACGUGUUUCCCGACAAGUGUUGAUGAAUCUGGAGGAGGACGAUAGUGAUGAUGAGCAUAAACAAUCCGAUAGAGUUUCUCUAGCUGAACUCAAAUCCAGAGGGAAGAAAAGGGCCAUCACCCCUAUUAAUAGAGUAGGGUCUGCCAUCAGAAGUGUUCCUGGAGGCAUGCAGUCACAUGCCGCCCCUGUACUCGGCAGUGCCUCAAACAGUAAGCUGGUUGUCUUUGAUGAGAACAAGGCUCAUGCUGGCCCUUCAGAGCCUAAGCUGGAGGCUUGGAUGGCCCCACCCAAUUCCAGGGCAAAGGAAAACGAGCAGAAGCCUGGAGUAUGGUGUGACGUCAAGAUACCCCAGAAGUCUAAAUUUGGACAUACUGUUAUGGCCCCACCACCUCCAAAACCUGCUUUCCAACCAUUUGUAGAGGAAUCGGACCAGCCUCCAACAAUGACUCCUUGUAAGAUCAACCCGGCAGUGAACACUGUGUUAUCAGCCCGUAAGCCCUGCAGGGAGGAGACACCUCUAAAAAGACUACAGGAUCACCAUCAGCAACAUAAUGAAUCGGUAUCGGGAAAAUCACAGGAGCAGAGCAUGUACUGUAAAGAGCUGCUGCUCAGUGGCGCUACUGAAUUCUGCUUUGAGGAACUGCGUGCAGAACGCUACUUCAAAAGGAUGAAACAGGAGGUCGGAGAUCAAAAGGAGGAAGAUAAUGCCAGUGCUUCAAACUGAUGCAUUUUCUAAGACUGACAAUUUGAUUGCCAUUCUCUCAUGAGAAGUUUUACCUUCAUUUAUUUUAAAUGUUAUCUACACAUAUCGUGUAGUGACUGCUACGUUUUGUUGUUUUUAUCCAGCUGCUCAGAAAGAUAAAACCCAAAGGGGCAACGUUCUUUUCACACACAGUAUUCCAUGUUGUGAUUUAUUACAAAAUGACAGCGGUAUUCUAUACAAUGUAAUUUAAUCCAGUACAAAUUACCACAUAAUGUAGUGUAGGAAGGAAUACAAAUCAACACAAUUUUUGCAAGCAAAACAAAUAACGCAGGAGUCCGAGUAGUACAUAACAGCCUACUGGAUUAUGUUAUAUUGUGUCUUCUGCUUGUUACUACUAAACCCAUUUGUUCACCACAGCAUCUACCACAGAAAUACUUCUCACUUUUUCCUACUUUGUUUAUCUCUUGUUUAUAUGUGCUACCUUUUUAGGUUAGUCUGUCUUUUUCAGUAUUUCUUUGGAAAAUGUUUUCGGCGACAGCUGUAACAGGGUUUUAGUGGGGUUAUUUUACUGGGUUCAAGACCAUGUGUUUCAUUGGUGUUCAAUAAAUAAGUGAAAUUCUUA